AUGGUAAUGUAUCUAUCUCUCAAUCUGUUCAUAUCUAUAUUUUUUCUUUUUGUUUUUUAUAUAUCUAUCUAUCUCAAUCUAUUCAUUCUAUCUAUUCAUUCUAUCUAUCUAUCUAUCUAUCUAUCUCAAUCCAUUCAUAUCUAUCUAUCUGAAUCUGUUUAUAUCUAUCUCUAUAUAUCUAUCGGAAUCUGUUCCUAUCUAUCUAUCUAUCUAUCUAUCUAUCUAUCUAUCUAUCUAAAUUUGUUAAUAUCUAUCUAUCUAUCUAAAUUUGUUAAUAUCUAUCUAUCUAUGUCAAUCUGUUCAUAUCUAUCUAUAUAUCUAUCUCAAUCCAUUCAUAUCCAUCUAUCUCCAUCCGUCCAUAUCUGUCUAUAUAUCUAUCUCAAUCUGUUCAUAUCUAUCUCUCUAUAUCUAUCUCAAUCUGUUUAUAUCUAUCUAUCUAUCUAUCUAUCUCAAUCUGUUCAUAUCUCUAUGUAUCUCAAUUCGUUCAUAUCUAUCUAUAUAUCUCAUUUCCUUUAUAUCUUUCUCAUUUUUAUCUUACCUUUCUCUGUAUCUAUCUAUCUAUCUAUCUAUCUACCUCAUGCUCUUCUUACCUCUCUGUCAGGAUACCUUACUCCAGACACACUGCAAUACAUGUAG